UUUUCAGACAAGGAAACAAUAUUUUUUGGUGCCCGUAAAUGAGGACAACAGGAGACUCCAUUAACAACAACAACAAUAAUAAUAGUGAUAAUAAUAAUAAUCCUAUUAACAGGUGAAUGUGGUCAGAUCUGGACUGUUGCUUCCUCCGCCUCCAUCCUUCCUCAUCUUUAUUUCGUCUUUCUUCAUCUCCAGCCUGCUGAUGUGCUUCCUGAUGAUCCAGGAGCAUGAGAAGACCUCUGUGGUCUUCAGCUUUCCAACGUUACAGCACCAGCAGACGUUUCCCUUCUUCUGAACUGUGAAAAAGCACAAGAAGGGAGAAAAUCCUGCAAACAAACUAAAUCAUUCCAGUUUUUUUCAAUCUUACUUUCUCAGAUUAUUUUAUCAGCUGAUCUUUUUUGUUCCCCACUGAAGAAGAUUUCAGAUUAUUAUCAUUAUUAUUAUUAUUAUUAUUGUUUUAUUAUUGUCUUUGAGUCGAUACACAACCAGGUUUUCACACACUGCCUAAAAGCACACCACCAUGUUUAUCACAAACACUUGUUAUUAUUGCUGGUAUUGAGGAUUGUUCCUCAUGGAGGCUGGUUCUACGCUCAAAGGAAGUGUGUUUGCUGGUUCGUAGUUCCUGUAAAGUCCUCUGUGUGGUGAUGGACUCGUCGGUUUGGUUCUGCUGGUCCUGUCUCCAUGUAUGGUCAGUGGUCGGUUCUCCUGAAAUCACUUCUCAGCCGUUUGGUCUUCUGCUGUUUGGAGCCCAGCUGUCCUCAGUCCGUCACUCUGAAGCUCCUUUCUGAUCAGUUCCACCUGAACUCAGUGAUGUUCUUCUGUUAGAUGAAAGCAGGCGAGUUCAGAGAAUGAAGGAGAACUCAAGAACUCUGCUGGAAUCCUGAGACACUGGAGGAACCUGGUAGACUUAAAGAGUCCACAUCUAGAUGGAGGUCUGGAUGGAUGUUCUGAUGGACGUCUGGGUGGAUGUUCUGAUGGAGGUCUGGAUGGAUGUUGUGAUGGAGGCCUGGAUGGAUGUUGUGAUGGACGUCUGGAUGGAUGUUCUGAUGGACGUCUGGAUGGAUGUUGUGAUGGAGGUCUGGAUGGAUGUUGUGAUGGAGGUCUGGGUGGAUGUUGUGAUGGAGGUCUGGGUGGAUGUUGUGAUGGACGUCUGGAUGGAUGUUCUGAUGGACGUCUGGAUGGAUGUUGUGAUGGAGGUCUGGGUGGAUGUUGUGAUGGACGUCUGGAUGGAUGUUCUGAUGGACGUCUGGAUGGAUGUUGUGAUGGAGGUCUGGAUGGAUGUUGUGAUGGAGGUCUGGAUGGAUGUUGUGAUGGACGUCUGGAUGGAUGUUCUGAUGGACGUCUGGAUGGAUGUUGUGAUGGAGGUCUGGAUGGAUGUUGUGAUGGAGGUCUGGAUGGAUGUUGUGAUGGACGUCUGGAUGGAUGUUGUGAUGGAGGUCUGGGUGGAUGUUGUGAUGGAGGUCUGGAUGGAUGUUGUGAUGGAGGUCUGGGUGGAUGUUGUGAUGGAGGUCUGGAUGGAUGUUGUGAUGGAGGUCUGGAUGGAUGUUGUGAUGGAGGUCUGGAUGGAUGUUGUGAUGGACGUCUGGAUGGAUGUUGUGAUGGAGGUCUGGAUGGAUGUUGUGAUGGAGGUCUGGAUGGAUGUUGUGAUGGACGUCUGGAUGGAUGUUGUGAUGGAGGUCUGGGUGGAUGUUGUGAUGGAGGUCUGGAUGGAUGUUGUGAUGGAGGUCUGGGUGGAUGUUGUGAUGGAGGUCUGGAUGGAUGUUCUGAUGGACGUCUGGAUGGAUGUUGUGAUGGAGGUCUGGAUGGAUGUUGUGAUGGAGGUCUGGGUGGAUGUUGUGAUGGAGGUCUGGGUGGAUGUUGUGAUGGAGGCCUGGAUGGAUGUUGUGAUGGAGGUCUGGGUGGAUGUUGUGAUGGAGGUCUGGAUGGAUGUUCUGAUGGACGUCUGGAUGGAUGUUGUGAUGGAGGCCUGGAUGGAUGUUGUGAUGGAGGUCUGGGUGGAUGUUGUGAUGGAGGUCUGGAUGGAUGUUGUGAUGGAGGUCUGGAUGGAUGUUGUGAUGGAGGUCUGGGUGGAUGUUGUGAUGGACGUCUGGAUGGAUGUUCUGAUGGACGUCUGGAUGGAUGUUGUGAUGGAGGUCUGGAUGGAUGUUGUGAUGGAGGUCUGGGUGGAUGUUGUGAUGGAGGUCUGGAUGGAUGUUGUGAUGGAGGUCUGGGUGGAUGUUGUGAUGGAGGUCUGGAUGGAUGUUGUGAUGGAAGUCUGGGUGGAUGUUGUGAUGGAGGUCUGGAUGGAUGUUCUGAUGGACGUCUGGAUGGAUGUUGUGAUGGAGGCCUGGAUGGAUGUUGUGAUGGAGGUCUGGGUGGAUGUUGUGAUGGAGGUCUGGAUGGAUGUUGUGAUGGAGGUCUGGGUGGAUGUUGUGAUGGAGGUCUGGGUGGAUGUUGUGAUGGAGGUCUGGGUGGAUGUUGUGAUGGAGGUCUGGGUGGAUGUUGUGAUGGAGGUCUGGAUGGAUGUUGUGAUGGAGGUCUGGGUGGAUGUUGUGAUGGAGGUCUGGGUGGAUGUUGUGAUGGACGUCUGGAUGGAUGUUGUGAUGGAGGUCUGGAUGGAUGUUGUGAUGGAGGUCUGGGUGGAUGUUGUGAUGGACGUCUGGAUGGAUGUUGUGAUGGAGGUCUGGAUGGAUGUUGUGAUGGAGGUCUGGGUGGAUGUUGUGAUGGAGGUCUGGGUGGAUGUUGUGAUGGAGGUCUGGGUGGAUGUUGUGAUGGACGUCUGGAUGGAUGUUGUGAUGGAGGUCUGGAUGGAUGUUGUGAUGGAGGUCUGGGUGGAUGUUGUGAUGGAGGUCUGGGUGGAUGUUGUGAUGGACGUCUGGAUGGAUGUUGUGAUGGAGGUCUGGAUGGAUGUUGUGAUGGAGGUCUGGGUGGAUGUUGUGAUGGAGGUCUGGGUGGAUGUUGUGAUGGAGGUCUGGGUGGAUGUUGUGAUGGAGGUCUGGAUGGAUGUUGUGAUGGAGGUCUGGGUGGAUGUUCUGAUGGAGGUCUGGGUGGAUGUUCUGAUGGAGGUCCACUCCAGUCCAGAUUUAAUUGGAGCUUUUUUCCAUCAGAGUCUUUCUCUUGUCUACAGUUGUUGA